CAGUCCAAAAUAAGACUCAACACGCGAGGGGGGCGUUUAAGCCUUUAGAGACGUUAAGAUUACACUUCAAAUAAUCUUGCUCGAAUUGUCAAUUCUAAACAUUUUGGCGUUCUUCUUGCGCUUUUUGACCAAUUUUCACCAAACACCUGGCAGCACUGGUCGGGGGACAGUACCGACAGUUUCCCUGCGGUCCCUUCCACGGAUUUGCGGCUUUGUUUUGUCCUCUGGGUCUGCUAGUGUUGUGUUAAUCAUGCACGGCCGUUUGAAAGUCAAGACCACGGCCCAACAAGCGGCCGAACGGCGGGCUGACAAGAACCAAAAGGCCCAAGCCUACCAAACGGCCAUGACCGCCAUCCUGGAUCGCCGCGACGCCGGCUGCCGCGAUGCCGUCCAACUCAAGAUGACCGCCGGCAUCCUGAUGUCCAAUCCCGAUGUGACUGUCCUUUGGAACAUCCGCAAAGAUGUCCUGCAGGCCCAUAGUGCCUGUAACAGGUCCGAACCCUCGGAGAAGGCCGAUCUCGCCGACCUCACGACCUCGACUGGCUUGAGUCAAGACGAAACCGUCUCUGAGUUCAACGCCAUGCUUCAGAAGGAACUCGAUUUGACCCGACAAUGCCUCAUGACCAACCCUAAGUCAUAUGGGGCGUGGUUCCAUCGGACUUGGUGUUUGGCCCGAAUGCAGCCUCCGGAUUGGUCCCAAGAAGUCCGACUGUGUGAUCAAUUCUUAGCGCUUGACGAUCGGAAUUUCCAUUGUUGGGACUAUCGACGCCAUGCGGUCAAACAGGCCGGAGUGAAGCCCGAGGCCGAACUGGCGUGCACCCAAAUGUUGAUCGACAAGAAUUUCUCGAAUUACUCGGCCUGGCAUUAUCGGAGCAAACUAUUGCCCAUUUUGUAUCCCAAUCCCGGCCAAAGUGGCAUCUCGAUCAAUCCGGAGCGAAGAGCGCUCGAGAUCGAGAUGGUCCGAAAUGCGGCUUUCACUGACCCAGAAGAUUCGUCGGCCUGGUUUUAUCACGCUUGGCUCAUUGGACCACCUUCCAAGAUUUCGACCGCGAUGGCCAUCAAUCGGCGAAAAGACGGCCAAAUUGCCUUGAUAUUUUCCACGCCAGUCGUAAAAAGCCAAUUUCGCGUGUUGUUGAACGGGGCGGCGGGUUCUCCGGACCAAGUUUGUGGCACUCGUCGUGAGGUCGUGUCUGAUAGCUUGUGGAUGAUUUCCACUGAACCAUCCGAGUCCCCCAGAGUGGAAGUGUACAUGGAGCAUUCUGAUGAUCCGUCCCUAGUUUUAGAGGCCCAUCAACCGCGGGUUGAAGCUGAUAUCAGGGCGUCGACCACUGAACUCCACCCGGAUAUGAUUGCGGCAUUGAAAGAAGAUCGAAAGUUCACCGAGGAGCUUAUUGAGAUUGAACCCGAAGCCAUAUGGCCUCGAUUGGCUAUUCUCAAAGCAUUAAGUAACUUCAAAUUUCAAAAAGAGUGUCUAGCCGAGUCCUUGAAGCACUUAAAUUUCCUCAUUCAUGCAGACCCUCAAAGAAAGCAUUAUUUCCUCGACUUAAAAAGUGACAUUGUCCUAAUGCAAAAGCUAGACGAGCAUUGUCCCAAGGGAUGCGUUGACCUCUCUGGGCUUGGCUUGACACGAAUUGCUUUUCCGGAGCGGCUGCUUUUCAUUGACGAUUUGAACUUGUCUAAUAAUCAUUUGAAAAGUUUGACUUUCCUGCCAUAUUUGCAAAAUUGCUCUAAACUGAAUUUGGAAGACAAUCAAAUUGAUGAUAUCAGGCAGUUAUCUAAUCCUCGACAAGACAUGGUGGUGUUAUUGAAGGGAAAUAAAGCGGCCGACAAUCCGUCAAAACUUGAGGAGAUCGGCCAGAAUAAUUCCAAUAUUUCGUUUCUGACGUGAUUGUUCAAUGCCAAAUGAUUAUUGUGAUUUGGAUUGUUGCUAUUUUGAAUUACACAUUUCCUAUGUAGAUAUUC